UGAUUUGUUAGGGCCACGAUUUAUUUUAAUGCUUCUUAUUACCAUCUCAUAAAAUACAACAAAUAAUCAGGGACGUAUAUACAUCCAUAAUUAAUACAUAUAGGUGUAUGUCAACCCAUGUCCGAUAAAUCUAGUUCGUUUAUGAUAUCAACUUCGCUAAUCCUCGGACCCACCCCUUUCACCAGGGAUCAAUUGCUCGUCAAAACGUUGUUGAGUAAAGACUGAAUGACAAGGACUGGCUCAAGUAUGCCAGAAGACCGUCUAAAGCAGUUACGUAGCGGAAGUUCCAAAGACAUAGGACCUUUUCCUGUUCUUACAGACAGCCCUUCCGAAAUUGACAUUGAUAAGUUCAACAACGGAAGAAAAUACUUCCAAAAUAAUGUUGCCAUUUGUGUUUUAGCAAUGUUGUGCUCACUUGUCUCAGGGUUCAGCGUGGUAAACCUCUUGGAACCGUUAGUGUUUACCAACAAAUCGAACACACCCAAGAAAUCGCUGAAACGAUAUUUAGACACAGUGCGUCACGUGGCUCUUUGGCAUUAUGGUGAUAUCUUGGACCCGUUGUCUUUAGCCAGGAAAUCCAUUAGGAAGGUUCACAGCAUGCACAAAAGUGUUAGAGACCGUAUGGUGGAAGCUAACACUGACGGUCGACAUUUUACGCAAUACGACAUGAGCCUAGUACAGGCGGGUUUUGUGGGAUUUAUAAUCUUGUACCCAGAAGAACUUGGACUUCAAGGCUCUAAAUCUGACUUGGAAGACUUUGUUUACUUUUGGAGAUGGGUUGGUUUCUUUUCAGGAAUAGACGAUGAUAAUAACAUAUGCAUUCACGGACUAGACGAUGCAUAUCGAAUUUGCAAACAAGUCGAAAACGAAAUUGUGUACCCCGCGCUUUUUAACCCGCCGAAACACUUUCAUUCCAUGGCAAAGGCAUUUACAGAUGGACUUUGCCUUUUGUCCUUUUGUAGGGUUUAUACACCGGAAUCUGUCAUUGGUUUUUCGUUAGAUAUGGCAAACAAGAAAAGACGUCAUGAUCUGAGCUUUUUUGACACUUGCCGUGUUUUAUAUUUAAAGUUGUCCGUUUUCCUUUUAAAGCAUUGCUCUUGGUUCAGAAGACUUGCGAACAGACUCGUAGAAUCUUUAGUUUUACCGAAGCAUUUUGAUUUUUAAUGAGUUUUUACAAACGUUUGAUUCUGUAUUAACAGUUAAUUUUAUUUCACAUAAGAAGUCUCAUUAUAAUUAUUAUCUCAUUAUAA